UUUGCCCUUCGUCAGAUAUUUAACCCUGUCUCUUCUGCGCUCUGCCAGUCUUGCAGACAACUGCCGAUCUGCACACUCGCGGCAUAUCUGCUGUGGCUCUAUGACGAUAUAGGCUACAUCUAUUGUUUUUUUUCUUUUUUCUUUUUUUUUUUUUUUACCAACCCAAUUGGAGACAUGUCGUAGUGGACCUUUCGGAAGAUCACGCCAUGAUUUAGGAUUUGUAAGAUUUUUUAUUUUUUUAUGCAGACAAAUGACAAGUCGGCCAUAUGCAGAGAUCAAUAACCUUAUUGUGCGAAAAAGAAAAAAGCUCACUUCCGGAGGAAGUCAGUGACCUGAAGUGCCUAUGGUGGAGUUGCUGUUCUGGAGCUAUUAUUAUUUUUUGGCCUUGAACGGACACUGUUACAUUUUUUCUGACUGAAACAGAUGCAUCCCUUUCACCAAUCUGAAGUCAUUGCUCUGAUUAGACUGCACAUGUCCUGUGGAUUUUUAAUUCCACAACACUAAUUGUUGACACUUGUCUUACUGCAUCAGAUAAAAGGCAAUUUGCAUAAUUCUCAACUUUUUAAUGAAAUGACUUGGUGCUGGUCUCUAGAUCUGUAGGAGUACAUACUUUUCCUAACAAGUGUCAAGUGUCUCAAAAAAUAAAGCUGUUUGUUGGGAUUUUUGCCUGUCUGUGAUGGCUGUCAGCAUGACCAUGGGCAGAGACACCAAAUGGCUGACUCUGGAAGUGUGUCGAGAGUUUCAGAGAGGCACCUGUCUGCGAUCAGAUGCUGAGUGCAAGUUUGCCCACCCCUCUCCCAGCUGCCACGUGGAGAAUGGUAGAGUCAUUGCCUGCUUUGACUCACUCAAGGGACGUUGUAUACGAGAAAACUGCAAAUACCUACACCCACCUCCGCACCUAAAAACUCAACUGGAAAUUAAUGGGAGAAACAACUUGAUCCAGCAGAAAGCAGCAGCUGCAAUGCUGGCUCAACAAAUGCAAUUCCUACUGCCCGGGGCACAGCUGCCCCCCUUAGCUACAUUCCCAGUGACGACCAGUCCCACUCUGGCAUUCAACCCUUUUUUAAGCCAAAUAGCCCCUGGCAUGGGCCUAGUACCCGAGCUGCUGCCCAGUGCUCCUCUGCUGGUUCCUGGGAGUCCUACUAGUCUGUCAGCUAUUAGUAAUGGCACUUUAACACAGAAGCAAUCGCGUACAGAUAAAUUAGAGGUGUGUCGGGAGUUUCAGAGAGGAAACUGUUCACGGGGAGAAGGUGACUGCCGGUAUGCACAUCCCAUGGAGGCCGCCAUGGUGGAUUGCUGUGAGAACUCAGUCAUUGUAUGCAUGGACUUCAUCAAGGGCCGCUGUGGUCGUGACAAGUGCAAAUACUUCCACCCUCCUGCUCACCUGCAGGCCAGGAUCAAAGCCACACAGCACCAGAGUAGUCAAAACACAGCUGUGCCUCCAGCAUCACUACCAAAAAGGACACUUUCAGAGAAAAGUAAUGGAUCUGCUACUGCUGUGUUCAGCCCCAUGUUUCAGUACCAGCCGACUCUGGCCAACACGCAGCUUCAACAGGCAGCUCUCGUGCCCACCGUUCCCAUGAUGCACGGUGCCACCACCACUGUUUCGUCGGCCUCAACCCCUGUCACCAAUGUUCCCUUUGCUGAAUCUGCUGUCUCCAAUCAGUAGACUCUCUGGACGUGAUCAAUCCAGAGCCCAUGGAGCUGCAGUGUGUAUCUUUGGAUUCCCAUUUCUGUCCCCUGCCCAAACUGCUGGUGGCCACCCCAGUCACACUUAACCCAGUCAGCCUCCCCUGAAUACCUGCUCCUGGACACCAUAUGCCCUUGAGAUCCUGCUUCAGCCGGACUAAGUCAUAAAAUGUACUCACUCUCAAAGCCUGAACGUACUUCACUGCAGCCAUAGUGAUGCAAACAAACUUGAAAAUCAUGAGCAAUAGAGCUCUUUUGUUACAGCCAUAGCAUACCUAAUGAUUGAAAAAUUUAGAUUUUAGUGAGACUACAUGCUCUUUUUUUUUGCCAGUAUGGCUACUCUUACAUUUGACUGUGUAUCACCAGAAGAAUACAUUACAUGUAAUUACUUACAUGCAUAAUAUCUAUUAUAAUAAUAGUUUUACUGAUAUAAAUAAACAGUAGUAAAUUUAUAGUAUUAAAUGUUGAUAAUACAUAACUGAAUAAAAACUGACACUAAUUAUGUCUUGGUGUGUCACUGAGACAGAUGUGUUUCUAUUUGUGUUGAAAUAUACUGUUAUAUGCCACGUGAGAGUUUAGACACUAGUGAUGGAUUAGCUUGGAAUUUAAGAAAGAAGUUCAAUAUUUAUAUAUGGCUAAUCAGGGACUACAUUUUAAGUUUGUAAAUUUGUUUUAAUUUUUUCACCAGUAGGGAGCAAAUGUAAACCCCCUUCCCUCACCUGGUCUUUGUCCAGGCUCACCUGUGCUUUCUGGUCUUCUUCGGACACUAUCAGACAGCAGUAACAUAGAUAGCAUCUAUGGAUGUGAGAAUACAAUGGGGCUGGGUCAGCCAAUCUCUUUACAAAUAGACUAAAACUAAAACAACUAAAAGGCUUGGCUGUAUUCAUGAAAUGUUGAUUUUUAAUGUCAUAAGUCACUGGACUCUAAAUGCCACUCUUCAAUGUGAAAAGUACUGUGUAGGUCAUAUAAAGUGAUGACUCCUUUGUUCAGUUCAGUCAUAUAUCAGUAUUCUUAUUUAGAUAUUGCAUAUUUCCAAAAAUAUUUAUAUUAUGCCUUUUAUUUAACUCCUACCACCCCUACUAAAGACAUUAGUGUGCUGUGAAUGUAUCUGCAUAAACUACAAAAACUACAUAUCUUAAUUUUGAUAGUUGUAAUUAUAUUAAAAAAAAACAAAAAACAAAAACAAUAAAAAAUCAACUGUACGACUGUAUUAAAAUUGGCCAUUUUGUAUAUCCAGAUAUGUUGUCAACGUCCUCAAAUCAAAUUAAUAUUUUUCAAGUGUUUUUGUGUUUGGUCUAGACUCAGAAAACAAUCAGGGUUAAUUUAUGUACGUGAUAUGAAGGCCAUCCUAGGCUCUUUUGAGAUUUUAUUGCCCUUAAAUCAGUUUCAAUUAUUACCUUUAAAUAUUUCAAUUUGAAGAGCUGGCCUUGUUGGUUUCAUUUUAAAAAUAGCUUUAAAAUCUUUAUACAUUUAUAGUUGUUUGUGAAGAUGAAUGAAAAAAAGUUUAGUAAUGUACUUUGUAUACAAUAAUGGAGAUGAUCAUUAAGUUGCAGUUUGCUGCCAAUAAAAUGACAACAUAACUACUUUCUAAAAUCAACUUGAACUUCCACAUGAAAAUAAAGGGAAUGCCCAUGCACAGUGUACCUGACUGUAAUUUGUAAUCCAAAUGUCUUUCCUAGGUUUCUUUGGUUUUUGUUUUGUUUUGUUUUUGUUUCUGUUUUUAGGUGUGUGUGUGUUUUUUUUCUGUUGGAUUUGAUUAAAUAAAGUUUAAAUUUUAAAUGCACAUUUAAGUUAGUGAAUUUAAGUUUGGCAUUUGCUGUUGGUCAAAUGUUUAUGUUCAGUAGUAUUUAUACCUUAUUUGAUUUGGACUUUGAGUUUUUGUGGAGAUUGCCUGCCCAGCUGUGCUGGGUGAUAUUGAACAAUACUGAACUAAUGAAUGUGAUGUUCGCAUUAUUUGCACUUGUACACAGUGAAGUUCCCCCGAACUUAGUCUGAAUAAAACUUCACAUGUUACCAUAAAAGAAAUCACUGCAUAUUUUGAAACAAUUUCUGCCUGAAUCAUUUGCCAAGUAUUUCCCUACUUAGGCUACAGCUGUAUUCAAUUUUUCUGUCAUCCAAAAGUUGUUAAUUACAUUUUAGGUGGGUGUACUAUCGCAAGACCAAUAGAAAAUCUUAUGACAUUUUUUCACAAAAAAUUUGAUAGAUGCACAAGUUUAGUUGUAUCCAAUUUCCUUUGUGUUGUCACUCAAAACCUUUCAACAUCUUUAAUUGUUUUCCAGGAUUUUAGUUGAUGUUUUGGUAUGUAUUAGUAGAGGGGGUCAAGAACUGCCUGAAACAAGCCAUAGCAAAAGGUCAAAGACAGACAGGACUCCUGUGAUGGUUUUUAUGAGCACUCUGCUUUGUAGUUGUUUGUGCUAUGGGGCUACAUGUGAAUUUAUUUACAAUGUAAUGCUGUGCUUUAACUGUGUAUGAAUUCCAGGGUAUCUACAAUAAAACAUACAAACAGGAAGUUGCAACCCACCUGUCAUUUA